AUGCAGCGAUUGUUUGGCUUCUCGCAAUCCAAACCGAAACCAGAUCUGCAGCAAGCCAUUUCAUCUACGGAUGCACGCGCAGAAGCGACGCAAAGAAAGAUAAGCCGUCUAGAUGCUGAAUUGGGACGUUAUCGCGACCAGAUGAAGAAGAUGCGUGAUGGUCCGGGAAAGUCGGCUGUGCAACAACGAGCCAUCCGUGUUCUUCGUCAGAAACGCAUGUAUGAAGCACAAAUGGAGCAGUUAAUUCAGCAAAGCUUUAAUAUGGAACAGAGUAUAAUGGCAACGGACAAUCUGCGGAAUACCAUGGCUACCGUCGAUGCCAUGCAGCAGGCCAACAAAGACCUUAAACGAACCUAUAAGAAUGUGAGCGUCGACAGAAUCGAACGUAUCCAGGACGAGAUGGAAGAUCUUUUAGAGCAAUCUGGAGCACUUCAAGAGACGCUUUCGCGCAGCUACGCCAUGCCAGAGGACAUUGAUGAAGAAGAGCUCGAGGCCGAACUCGAGGCGCUCGAAGAAGAGCCCCUAGAGCAAGAAAGUGAUAUGCCUUCCUAUCUACAGCAUGCAACAGGCGCUUUUCCAGCGCAGCCCGACUCCGUGGAUGAAUUGCCGGCAGAAUCGGAACCUGUGCCGAGCGAGAUGCGAGCGGCCUAG